AUGCAAAAUCCCGGAAACUUAGACAUUUACUGGCGCGAAAAGAAUGAUUAUAUUCCAUAUGACUACUCUCAGCAGAAUGUUGCUGGUACCUCCUCUAGUGCUAUGGGACCUUCAAGUACAGCCGAAGUUCCUUAUUACCCAGAGAACUUCAAUAAUAGCAGUAGCAGCAAUCAAGAUGUCGCCAUGAAAGAUAUUAAAAUUGAACCGUCUUCUUAUUUUCGUGAUCGUUCACCUGAUCGACGUCAUCGAGAGGAUGAAAGUAGUAGGCGUAAAGAAUCUGAAAGAGAUCGAGGGAAAAGUCGAGAGCAAAGUCGUGAUCAUCGUCGAGCUCGAGACGAUAGGGAUGAUCGUGAUAGAGAAAGUCGAAAAUCACGUCGUUCGAGAAGAAAAAGUCGUAGUCUUUCUCCAAGAAGAUAUAGUCCAAGCGCAAGAUAUCGUUCACGUUCUCGUUCAGUAACUCCAAUAAAUAAACGUCCUAGGAAAUUAAACAAUUGGGAUGUACCUCCUCCAGGUUAUGAAGGAAUGACGUCUGAACAAGUUAAAGCGACAGGCCACUUCCCUUUACCAGGUCAAGCUGCUGUAGGUGCAACGAUAAAACCCCCAAGUGCCCCAGAAACGCCAUUAAUCCAUAUUCCCGGAAUGGAUCCGAAUCGUGCUGCUUUGAUGAUGGGAAUGACUCAUGAGCUACCGCCAAGACCCAAAGUUAGCCAAGGUGCAGCUGGUCCUGUGGCACAAACAGCUUCACUUGCAAGGCAAGCAAGGCGUCUUUAUGUGGGUAAUAUUCCUUAUGGAAUUGAUGAGCGUGGUUUAUCUGAAUUCUUCAAUUCGACUAUGAUUCAACUGAAUAUUACAACUUCACCGGGUGAUCCAGUUAUUGCAGUACAAAUAAAUCAUGAUAAAAAUUAUGCAUUUGUUGAGUUUCGCGCACCCGAAGAAGCUACGGCAGCAAUGGCCUUCGAUGGAAUUACCUUCCAAGGACAAUCUUUGAAAAUUCGUCGUCCUAAAGAUUACCAAGCGCCUCCGGGUCAUGAUCAAGAACCACCGCCCAUUCACGUGCCUGGUGUAGUGUCGACGAAUGUUCCUGAUAGCCCUCACAAAAUAUUUAUUGGCGGGCUCCCUACAUAUUUAAACGACGAGCAAGUUAUAGAGCUCCUAAAAUCUUUUGGAGAAUUGAGAGCUUUCAACUUGGUCAAAGACAGUUUAACCGGUGUUUCAAAAGGCUUUGCUUUUUGUGAAUACGUGGAUCCAACUGUAACUGAUUUAGCAUGUCAAGGAUUGAACAAUAUGGAAUUAGGAGAUCGUAAAUUAGUUGUACAGCGUGCAAGUGUUGGUUCAACUAAAAAUACAGGAGUGGCUAUAACCUCAUUACCUCCUUCUUUACUUAUUCCCGCAAAUAAUGGAGAGAUGCAACCUACUAGAAUCUUGCAGCUAUUGAAUAUGGUCACACCGGAGGAAUUAAUAGAUGAUGAUGAAUAUGCAGGCAUGUUUUUUAAUCUAUUUUUUUUUUACCUUUACAUCUCUAACAAUAAGUUUUUCUUACUAUUAUUAGACAUUUUUGAUGAUGUCCAUGAAGAAUGCUCGAAAUAUGGAAAAAUAGUUGACAUGAAAAUUCCUCGUCCAACACAAACCGGAUUAAUGGCAGGCGUUGGAAAGAUAUUUGUGCGAUACGAACGUAUUGAAGAAACUGGCGUCGCGCUUCGCGCUCUAGCAGGUCGAAAAUUCGCCGAACGUACUGUGUUAACCUCAUAUAUUGACGAAGACAGAUAUCUUGCUGAUGAUUUCUAG